AUGCACCUUUCAGCUGACACAAAGACUUCUUCCUUUGGCACAUAUCCAUUAUCUAUCUAUCUAUCUAUCCCAGCAUAUCCAUUAUCUAUCUAUCUAUCUAUCUCAGCAUAUUCAUUAUCUAUUAUCUAUCUAUCUUAUAAUUCAUUAUCUAUCUAUCUAUCUAUCUCAUUAAAUUCAUUAUCUAUCUAUCUAUCUAUCUCAAGCAUAUUCAUUAUCUAUCUAUCUAUCUUUUCUCAGCAUAUUCAUUAUCUAUCUAUCUAUCUGCUCAGCAUAUUCAUUAUCUAUCUAUCUAUCAUCUUCAAGAUAUUCAAAAUCUAUCUAUCUAUCUCAGCAUAUUCAUUAUCUAUCUAUCUAUCUCAGCAUAUUCAUUAUCUAUCUAUCUAUCUAUCUCAGCAUAUUCAUUAUCUAUCUAUCUAUCUAUCUCAGCAUAUUCAUUAUCUAUCUAUCUAUCUAUCUCAGCAUAUUCAUUAUCUAUCUAUCUAUCUAUCUAAGCAUAUUCAUUAUUUAUCUAUCUGUUAUAUGUUAGUGUACUCCACUUAA